AUGUCCAUCGGAGUCGCCAUCAUCGGUAGCGGAAUCUUUGCUAAGGAGCAGCACCUUCCCGCGGUUCAAGCAGCCUCCGACCUCACCCUAAAGGCCAUCUACUCGCGCUCCCUGAAAUCCGCGCAGGGUCUCGCCGAUGGACUUCCAAAUGUAGAUCUCUACUCUGACGACUCCGGCGCGGGCAAGUCGUUCGCGGAUCUUCUCGCCCGCGAGGAUGUUGCGGCUGUUAUCCUGGCCCUCCCCAUCCCGGCUCAGCCAACAUAUAUCAAGGCUGCCCUAGCAGCAGGCAAGCACGUCCUCUCCGAGAAGCCCAUCGCCAAGGACCUAGCAACAGCGCAGGAGCUGCUAUCCUGGUACGGCGAUAGUGCCAAUGUUGACAAGACCAAGACGCUCUGGGGAGUUGCUGAGAACUACCGCUUCAUUCGCAAGUGGCUUCGCACUGCAGAGGAAGUGCAGAAACUUGGUGGUGUGAAGGCGUUCCGCGUUUCGGUGCGGAGUAAGACUUCGUCGGAGUCGAAGUAUUAUCACACAUCCUGGCGCAAGACCCCCCAAUAUCAAGGUGGGUUCGUCCUGGACGGCGGAAUCCACACUUUGGCAGGUCUUCGACUCAUCCUCGGUCGCGGUGGCAAUGAACUUAAGACCCUCUCUGCGCAUACCUGUCAACUUCAGGAAUACCUCCCGCCGAUUGAUACCGUCGACGCAGUCGCCAAGACGGCAUCGGGCGCACCGGGUGUGAUCUCGCUGUCGUUCGGGUCCGAAUUCAAGGAGUUCUCGCUAGAAUUUACGUGCGCCAAUGGAGUCGUAACCCUUGUUGAUGAUCGGCUUACGGUCAAAGGUGAUGUGACCGAUCUUCCGUUUGAGGGCGUUGGUGUGAAGGAGGAGGUCAAGGCUUUCGCGGCGUCGAUUGUUAAUGGAAAGCUGAAUGAGAUGUUACGGCCUGAGGAGGCGCUUGCGGAUCUUGAGAUUCUCGAGAACAUUGUCAAGAGCGGAGAGGAGGAUGGGGAGAAGAGGACAUUGAGCUUGCAAUAG